AUGAGAAUGAUUGUGGGAUGGUCAUUGAUGCUCUACCCUGCGGCUUUUCAUAUGGCGGUUGUCUUUGCUGCCAUCCGAGUUGGUGCCAAGGCAAAAAGCAUAGCCGCUGCGAUUUGUCGGAUUGCAAAUAGUUGUAUCUAUGGAAAGAAGGUAUGGGGUGAUCUCAACAUUCAGAUACCGAAUACUGUCCAACGCGAAAACGGUCUAUUUCACUCUUUCCACUGCUCCGCAGUGGAAGUCGCUCUCAAGGCACCUAAUGGUUUGUCUUCCGUGGGUUGGACGAUAAAUGUGGUGCGACUUGAGGCGGUCCUGGGUCUCACUUUGUUGGCGCUGAUGUUAAACGACGACCGUACACUGGAAGAAUACUCUGAGAUUGAAACCAUAGAGUAUGCGAGAAUUAUCUCUCUCGGCCGAUGCAGCGAAAUUGAGACGGGUCUCUGGUAUUAUUCUGACGUUGUGGGGCAUCCAGAGGAAGGCGUCAUCCAUUUUGACCUCAAGGAGAAACAUGACCUGUUGGAUUUGUGGCACAACUCCUCAGAUAACGAAAGCUUACUGGUCGAUAUCUUUGCCCAAGAGCUUUUCACAAGUCUGCUCACCGGACUCAAGGAUGGAAUGCUCAGAGGCCUUCCCGGGAAUGAUUUCGAUGAUGCCAAAGGCGAAGUCUUAAGCUCCAGCCGGGGCCAAACCAUGGAAAGCUCUGUGGUUGCAAAGGUGGUCGAUGUGUUCCUUUCCUGGCAAAAAAUUGCCUUUGAUGCGGCUCACAGGAAUCUGCCAGCCUUAGGGAGGCUUUCCCUUGCCUUGACGGAGUCCGCGAGGCAAGGUCUUGUGGGGGUGCUUUGCAUCUUAUUGAAUCUUGGCGUUGAUUCAAACCUGCCUGACGAAAAAGGCGAGGCGCCUCUUUAUGUCUGUUUCGAAAACGGUUACGAAGGAUGCGCGAGAGUUCUCAUCAGCUUUGGAGCUUCUGAUCCGUCCAUCCUGUCGAUGCUUCUUCAACAUGCGAUCGACAGCGGCAUCGGCCCGGUAAAGAUCAUCUCCACAUAUAGAACCCAAUUCUUGGGCAUGAACGAAGAAUUGAUCCUUGAUGCGUGUCUUGGAACGAAGAUCAUUGACAGGUAUGGGCAUCACAUGAUGCUUUGGGCACUAUCCGAAGACUAUGAGAUACACGACGACGUCGUGCGAAAGUUGGUUGAAAUGGGUGUAAGCCCUGAUGAACCACUUGCGAUUCAAUAUAGUAAUACGGCACUGCAUCUUGCUGUCAAAAGUCCUGCUAUGUUGAAAAUCCUCCUCGCGGACUACUCAGACAGCUUGAACGACUCAGACGAGAAGAUACCAUCCAAUCUCGACGUGAACAAUGGCGCAGGCCAGACACCUUUGUGA